UCAGGUCGGAGACACCGUUCGAGCCAAGUGUUUGUGAACCUUUGUUGUUGUGCCAGCCCCGUGAAUAUUAUCGCGCAAUUUGGGGUCAUCUCAUGAUUUCGGGCAUCGGGUUGGCGUGCGUGACCCCCCACAACCUAGCAUGAACAUUGAAACAUGUUCAAGAAAGCCGCUGCAUCGUCAGAUGUGAAGAAAAGCCAGUACAAAUGCCUCGACUUGAAGAGAGAUACGCCCACCCGCCUGAAGCAUCUGCGGGCUGUCUUGGACAAUGUCGAUGUAGCGGAAGUAAAGACCUUCUUAGAGAUUAACUACAGUCCAGUUUUUUACGUUUUCUAUGAGGCCUUUAUUACCUUUGAGGUAAAUCUUCGUCAAAAAGGUACCUUUGCAGUUCAGAGGAGUCACAGGGAGGAUUUAGAAUCGUCCUUAUAUGUACUUGAUCGAUUGUUAUGCCUCCUGCCCGAGCUCUUCGAGAAAAGAUGGCAGUGCAACGCCCUUACUCACAUAUUCAAAAAGAUCCUCCACCCAGGGAAUACUGUGCGGUUACGAAGAGAGGCAAUGCGGCUUUUCAUCAUCUGGUACAUGAUUGUUGGAGAAUCCAAGACCCCGGAGAUGGACCGCAUGUUUGCGUCCCUCAUUCCCGGAUUCCCGGUGCCUCCUCCAGCAGCCAUGCCACCAGAUUUGGGUUAUGGCGGUAUCACAUGCGUGGAGCCCUCGCCAGUGAUACCCCCCUCAAAUACGGAGAAAACUCCAGAGGACCUUUCCUCUUAUCUCCUCAGGUCUAUGAUGGAUUUUAUGGUUACACAGGUACGAAGGAUUGAAUGGCGAGAGCGUUCACAGCACCCAAAGACUUUCUCGUACCUGUUUACAAUGUUCCGUGCAUGGUACAUGCCCCACAUUUUCCCCAAUUUUAACUCUUCAAAUUCCCUUUAUAAACCAAAUUUAGAGUUACCAGAACUUCGUAGCAGUCCGGGUGUAAGUCUUUAUGGCACUUGCCAAGUGGCAGUCGUAGAGUGGGUUCGUAAAUUUGUCAUUGCCACACCUCAGCGGACUAGCCAGUCGAUGUCUUCUGUGGGGGAGGAAGAUGGUCGCAGGUCUGGUCAUGGUGAUGCGGCCGAGGGAAGUACAAGUGACCAAGACUCGGUCACUUCUGCAUUUUAUGUCAACGAUGAGAGUGGAUCCAGUGAAGAUGGUACUAUGGUUAGAGAUAUUCUGUUCUCCUCACGGGAUAACAUCAACUUUAUUCACGAGUUAUUUCGGCAAGCCUUGUGUCUUAGUUUCCGAUAUGCGUCCGUCAUGAAGACUGUCAUAUUUUGUUACAAAGAUUGGAUACAGAUGAAUGCCCCAGAAAUGCCUCCAUUCAUGUUAGAGCCGUUAGAAGGUGGAGGUAGUCCUCGGGAAGAUGGAUCUGCUGCCGUAGAAAACAAUGUUCCUAGGAGAAUGAGGAAUGAAUCCUACCUGGGAGCUGUCAACAAAGAUAUUCACAUUCGGGCAGGACUCCAGAAUGUCCUACAAGUUUUCAUUACCAGUGCAGCCAAUGUCUUUCUAUUAGAGGUUUCCCCUGAUUAUCCCCGACUGCUGGAUGAACAAGUGGAAGUAUGCAAACAUGUCCUGAAUAUUUAUCGUUACAUGGUCAUGAACACAAGAAUGGAACAAAAAUCAUGGGAACAGUUAUUAGUGGUGCUACUUCAUAUAACCUCUCAAACGUUGUGUGGUCGACCAACCAUGCACAAGGAGGACUCCAUAGGCGGCAGAUUUGCUUCUGCUCUGUUUCAGACACUGAUUGUUUCCUGGAUCAAGGCUAAUUUAAGUGUCGUCAUCUCAGGAGAAUUAUGGGACCAGCUUCUGCUCACGUUAUCAGCUUUAACUCAUUGGGAUGAACUCAUCAGGGAAUGGGCUAAAACACUUGACACUCUGACACGAGUUUUGGCUCGACACGUUUAUGGAUUAGAACUGAACAACCUCCCGCUGGACCGUGUGACCGACCGCCGUCUUAUUAAACGAGGAACCAAACUGACAGGAUUAGAUUCUGUGAGAAAUAGUUUUGCCCGAAGCUGGAGCAGCGUACGCAUGGAUAGGCAGGCCAACAAUAAUGACAACCAUCAACCAGGUGGUCCUCCAUUAUCUCAUUUACAAGAGGAGUCGCAAGGGGACCAUAGUAGUUCUCAUGGGAGCAGUGAAAGGAGCCCGUUUAGUCGGAAACGCCGCGGAAGCUCUGGAGGAGGUUCUCUGAAGGCAGGUGCUGGCGGAAGCAGUGGCAGCCCCAAGUUGUCCCCACAUCAUCCUUCGGGUGAACAUUCACACCACCAUCAUCACCACCACCCCCAUUCUCAUCCUCAUCAUCCGCACCAUCAUAUCCUGGGUAGACGUCUGACGCGUUCGCUCUCAGAGUCGAGCUUGCUGUUGAGGAGACGAUCUGGCAGAGCACAAUCUCAUGGGGACUGUGACGGCCAAGUACCCACGCACCGUUACCUGCACGGCACCAGGUCAAAGUCGCUGGAGACCCUCUCACACGGUUAUGGGGAUGAAGAUUCUCGCACACCAUCUCCAUCUCCCUCUUCUGGUGUGGAAUCAUCCUCCAUGAAAGAUUCUCCAAUGCAGAUUGAACUUGGGGGUGACACAGCAAGUAUAGACACUUUAGAGGGAGGUUUGUCGUCGGAACAGCGUUCAGUUAUGUCUGGAGGCACAGUCCGUGGGUGGCUUCCAGACGUAGCUGUCGUGUUGUGGCGACGAGUGCUAGGUCUCCUUGGGGAUCCUAAUGACGUUGCUUCUCCCAACAUACAUGCGCAGAUCUUCAAGUACCUCUCCGAACUCACAGAAACUCUAGUGAAGUUACGGAACAACCAGAGUAUAUCAGUGGAUAACCAAAGCAGCCCUGAGCCUCCAGAACUCAUACCUCCUCUCCUGCUAGUCGCUCCUUGGUGUUUCAAGGCCCUAACACUGCCAGCACAAUUUCACCGUGGCAAAACCUCAGCAUAUCGAUUACUCUGCAUGAUGAUGGUGAGGCAGCACGACAUCCCACCACCGAAAGAUAUCCUCACUCAGUUCUACCGAGUCCUUCAUCAAGGUCUUGUUGGGCCUGAUCAGGAGAUUAUCAACACAUUAGUGAGUGAGUGCAGCCCAAACUUCUUCUCACUAGGCUUACCAGGUGCUUCCAUGCUUACGCUAGAUUUUAUUUUUGCCACGAACACCGUCAUUACCUCUCCCGAUACCAAAGUUCAAUCUCCUCGGCUUGAUGCCUUGAGCCUACUGGGGUCAUUGCUGCCUCUGUCCUCACUCUACCCGUCCAUGCCAGUCUUGCAACCUGCGGCCACUGAUUUGGCCCUCAUGAAUUGUUCAGAUGUCAAAGACCACUUGGUGAAUGUCUUAUUGAAGAGUGGAAAGCGAGACGGGUGGUGGCACACCAGGUCGCUCGCACUUUGCACCUUGGCCAUUUACGUUUAUCACGAGUUGGCCCACCAGACCUUCCACACCAAAGUUAAUGAGGCCAUCAACGUCCUUCUGGCAUCCCUUAAGCAAGCAGUAUCUUCAUGGCACCCAUCUAAGCACCUGGCCCAGACUGCUGAGAUUGGACGUCUAGUUGGCCAAGUGGCUGCUGAUCUUCUGUUGCUUUUGUGUGAUCAUGCUGAAGCAUUUCUCACUCAUUACCCAGAUGUUCCAACUAGAAUAAUACAGGUGCUGUGCCAAACCCUGGGAGCAAUUGGAACCGACACAAUUUUGACGUCAAAUAAUGAAGGAAAACACCUAGUGCUUUCAUCCAUGUUCUGCUUGGCAGAAUGGGUCAUGCGAAUGCCACAGCAGGUUCUCAUCCAGCCAACUCAAGACAAACAGCCUCUUUUACAACAUGUUUUUAAGGUGCUCCAUUCCAUUGCAAGUGGUAAGAAGGGAACUUUGAUACGGUCUCCCAAUUUGGAAGUGGUUGAUUUUGACAGCCAUGUCCGUGAAGAAACAGGAAGGAGUGGGAGUAUGGAUUCCACAACAAGAGGAGACUCACUGAAGAGGGCCUCUUUUCCUGCUUCUUGUACCUCCACCAUCAAGUUGGCUGCAAGAUCUAUAACCAGCCACUUUAUGAACCACUUAUGGCACUUUCCUUUGGGAGUUGGUGCACAGCGUUUGUCAUCCCUCGUUGUGGAAGGAGAUGAUGUUCCGGGCUUGUCAGGGGAUGAACUUUCCUCUGAAGUGUUUUUAUCACCCCAUAUCCAACUGUUUGCGCUGAACCAGUCGUGUCUUUUGUCUUUAGUGCAGUUACCAGCUCUCCAAGUCCCUGGGUGUGCUGCUACAGCUGGUUUUAAAACUCCGAAUUCAGAGGUUCGUUUUAAAACUCCAGAUUCAGAGGUGAGGCUUAUUCUUCGUGACUUGUCUGGCAAGUUCUCGUGGGACUCAUCGCUACUUUAUGCUCCCCCAUCAGAAUCCGUUCAGGAACAGCCUUCUCGUGCAUACAACCAGCAUCAUGUACCACAGCAACUUCAGACACAGCCUCCACAACAAGCUGCAGUAUCUCCUGGACAGGCAGGUGUUUUGCCAUCACCUCCCAUAUCUGGUGGUUACAGUGGUUUAGGGGUCCAGUUCACACCCCCAGGAGGACUGAAUCAUCUGGACAACAGGGAUGAUACCAUGUCCUCGUCUCUCCUAAUCACCUCCCCUCCCAGACACACAUUGCGCCAUCGUCCUCCAGGAAUUCUGCCAACACAUGAAGAUUCUGCAGAAGACCUAGAUAAUUUGGAUGAUUUGUUGAAUUAUGUUGGUCAUACGAGCCCAGAAGUUUUGGAACAAUUUGGUCAUGCCCUCAACGAGGCAAUCGGUCCACCUCCUACGUUGCCCAUUGAAGCUCAGCAUGAGGCCAUCUCGACCAUCCUUAAUCAGAGGAAUAUUGAAAAUGAGUUCUUCAGUAGACAUUCCAAUGAUCACAAUAUGGUGUGCCCUACCAUCCAUUGCCCAGCGCCUAUAGAAUCCAGGUCAGUCUUCCAGCAAGGGAGGCUCCUCAUCGACCAGCUAGGAUUAGCAUCUUGGGAGAAGAGACGAUCAAUCAACACACUCAAGAAAAAUGACAAGUUACUUAGAGAGCUGAAAAAUUUAGAUAAUCAGAAAUGCAGAGAGACUCAUAAGUUGGCUGUGAUUUAUGUAGCAGAAGGACAAGAAGACAAGAUGUCUAUUCUAAGUAACAGUGGAGGAUCAGCUGGAUUUGAGGAAUUUGUUGCUGGUUUGGGUUGGGAGGUGGAAUUAGCAACGCACACUGGAUUCUUGGGAGGCCUCCAGAAGAACGGCUCUACGGGAGAAACUGCACCAUAUUACGCAACGUCCCUCACAGAAGUAAUAUUUCAUGUAUCUACGAGGAUGCCUUCCUUUACAGAACAAGCCAUGCUACAAAAGACUCGCCACCUGGGUAAUGACGAGGUUCACAUUGUUUGGUCAGAGCACAUCCGUGACUACAGACGCGGUAUCAUACCAACGGAGUUUUGUGAUGUUCUAAUUGUGAUUUAUCCCUUACCGAACAGACUCUAUCGAAUACAGAUCUCUACAAAACCAGAUGUUCCAUUUUUUGGUCCACUCUUUGAUGGUGCAAUAGUGGCUCACAAAGUCCUUCCCGGGUUAGUGCGUACUACGGCUUUAAAUGCUUCAAGAGCAAAGAGGAGUAGACUGGCACUGUACCAAAACUUUUACGAGGAAAGGGCCAGAGCGCUGGACACCAUCAUUGAGCAGUACAGCGAAGCGACAACCUUUGAGGCCUUCAUAUCCGCAGUGUAUUGCCCCGUCUUCCCGGUAUCGUUUAGUUCAGGACCCACGCGAGCAUCAGGGACAUCAUUUUCUUCUCGUGUGUUUGAUUCCAAUGCGGGUGGCUUUGGUGGUGGCGCAGGAGUGUCCGGGUUGGCAGCAGCCUUGUUAGAUGGUCCGCAGCUUCCUCCUGGUCCCCCUCAACGUCCUCCACUCACUCGACCCACCAGUUAUUCGACGGGGGAGCAACACCACCUUAGAGAGAAGGCACGCAGUGUGCUUUUGAUGGAUCACACAGCAAGCAGUGAAGACACAGGUAGUGGAUCAUCGCCCCGUGGGAACAAAAAGUUGUCGUUCAAAACCCCCCGCAAAAUGUCUGCUGCCGUCAACUCGGGCGGGGCUGCUGCUACAACGCCACCGGAAAGCCCUCUGCCACCUCCACGUAGACCCAAGGAUGGAAGUCAUAUCACCAACCCGAAGAAAUGAAGUUAUGUGCUGAAUUCACCGGUCACGAAUAGGUUUUUGUUAUGAUGGUGUGGUCUUGAUCAACCAGUAAUGAUAAUGAUCAUUGGGUUUUUAUUUCUUAGCCACAGGAAUCCGAUGGUCAUCCGGUUUUUUCUAUCCUUGGAUUUGUAAGUCCCUCCCUGGUUCUCUCUUGGUUUAGUUUACUGUAGUCAAUGAUAGGAAGCCUUCCAGGCACCAGCCUGGCGAUUUCAUUCGUUCAAAGGAUGUACAUAACAUAAAGUAGUGAAGCUUAAACUGCACUGAGUUCAACAUGUGAAAUGUUUAUCGUCACUGAUCAUGAAUCACAUUGUGAUUUGAAGCCAAAUUCCAGAGUUCAAAUUUGGAGCAUGAUUUUUUUAGCAGUAUUGUGAAUUUCUUCUUGCUUGAAUUGCUGGCUGGUCUUGUUGCAUUAGGUCAUCCAGGCAGGGCUCUUUUAAUUCUUCGUUUUGGUUAUCAUACGUUGAGCUAUGAAAUCUGUAGAAAGAAGAAAUUGAUUUGUAUUUCUAGUAAACAGUAGAUUGCUCUAAGUGUACUUUAUUCAUAAUGUAUAUUACAAAUCUGGUUAAUAUUGAAAAGUUAUUCAUUGCAAUGGUUACAGUAUAUAUUUUAAAAUUGAUAAAGCCUGUAUUUUUUACUAUGUAAAAUUAGAGAUGAACUUGGGGAAAUAUUUUUAUGAAUUUUUAUUCAUAGCAAAUGCUGGUGGUAUAAAUGAAGGUUAUUGGUCUGUGAUUAUGUAAUUUAUUUAUAUUUCUCCCUCUCCCCCAAAAUAUACAGUACUGUAUAUAUAGUACCUAUAUAUCUUGUCUUCAUACAUUUAGACGAUUGAAUGCUCUAAUGUUAAUAUUGUUGCAUCUCACUACAUUGGAAUUAUUUAACAGUGCUGGGUGUGAUUUUCAGAAUUUAUGAAGAGCUUUUGUCUUGUUAUUAAACAGACUAAUCUCAAAGUUUGAAGUUCCUUGAAAAUUUGUCUCGGUUUCGAAAGAACUUCAUACGAAGAAGGGGGUUACUGCAUCACAGCUGUAAAAUUUAUGAACAGUGUGGAAGACCAAAUGAGGAAGUUAGUAUUAAAUAUCCAGUUUUUCGAUGUUUUUUUUUUCACAAUGUCACUGCCUCAAUCAAGCUAUGCUCAUAUUUUUAAAGAUUUUUUUUUGUUUAGUACGGUACGUAGUCCUCUGACUGUUGAAAAUGUAUUAUGUACAUGGUACGAGGAUCCUAGUGCACAAUGUAAUUCUGAAGUAUGUUUUUAUUUGUUUCGACUAGGCUAGUUUCAUUUUUCUAUGCAAAGCAUUGAACUAUCGUGUAGGAGUUAUGUGGUGGGGAAUAAUAUUUAAUGGAAGAGCAGAUGUCAGGUUAAUUGGAAAAGGAGAAAAAAAAAAAACUUGAAUCACCAUCAGCUUUUCCAGGUGUGUUUUUGAUGUUAUGGAAUAAAAAUUUGUUGCACAGCUUGCCUGUUUUUCUAAAGUAUUUCAGAAUUCAGUUUGAGUAAUUUGUAACAUUUUUGUUAAAAAUGAGAUGAGCUAUUUUAGAUACUAAACACAUAGGCUUCUUUAGUUGAGCUAUUUUAUAUACUAAACAUAUAGGCUUCUUUAGUUAAAAAAGAUAAUUUUUGCAAAUCAGUUAUGAAAAUGAUUGUACAUGAUUUUGUAAGCAGUUUUAUGCAGAAUAUUCAUUGCCCUCAUUAACGAAGCUUAGGAAUCUUCACGAAGCCCUUUUUCCUUGUCUGUCAUGAGGAAAUCAAUCAUACGUAACAAUACGUUAUACAUAUUAUACGGUGUAAACAUGGUCUGCUAAGAUGUAACAAAUGAAUCUGAGAAGUACUUCAGAGCAGGUAAAAUAUUUAUCCUUUUCACUGGUGGGGUAUGGUAUGUCCUCAUCUACAUAGGCAUUCAUUAGAACAAGAAGGUUUAUAAAUAAUGUAGACAGCUGCAUUUAUCUAGACCUCAUAAAGAUAAACAAUCUCCCAUUUAAUGACAAUAUAGCCCUGUUCAACUUACUGUAUAAUGGUGAUUCUAAUACAUUAGGGAAGCAACAUCCAUAGGAUUAAGGAUUUUUAUAAUUAAUGAUUACCAAUUCAUACUGAUUCUUCAGAUUUGUUGACAGCAUGCAAUUCUUAAGAGAUCAUAUUCCCACAUUGCAAAGAUGCCAGAUGUGAAGAUGUGCUCCCCUAUAACAAGAUCAUGUUAUUGACAAGAAAUGACAAAAUCUUGGUAAUUUUCCUGUUUUGGUUAUCUCCCAAUAAUGUUUAUUUAAAGGCUAUACACCAGCAACUGUUAAAUAUAAUUGAUAUUUUAAUGAAAAAAAUUUUUUUUUUUUUGUAUAUGUCAGAGGGCUGCUCUGGAGGUAAAAUGGUACAGUUUGAUGUUUAAAAAAAUAAUUUCUGUCAACUAUUUGGUCAUGAAUUUGUGUAUUUGAAGUUUGGAAGCUUUCAGAGUUGCUGUUUUCACCAUAGACUCCCAUAGACUCCGGUGUACUCAGGAGUGUACAGCUAUAAUAAUAGGAACUAAAAAUGGAGACAAUGUCAUGUUAAGCUACAAUUUUAAUUGUUGAUGUCAACAGCAAUUUCCCCCUUGUUAAUAUAAUUUUUAAUAGCUGACACCAAAGGAAUGCUUAAAUUCAUUGUUUAUGUGAAAUAAACUUAUAAUCCCUCCAAAAUAAAAAAAAAUAAAGAAUAGGUAUUAUAUCAAAAGCAUAUCAGAUCUUUUUGUGGUUAACAUUUAUUUCAGAAAUAUUUUGUCAGGAAGGAAAAUUAUUUGUUUUGUAGACAUGAGACUUUAAGUGAAAUUACGCAAAAACAAUUUCUACAGGUCUAUUUCACUUGAAAAUAUAUUAUUAAUUAUAGAUUUCUCCGUUGUGUUUGAAAAGAUCAAGCUUCCAAGUGAUGUGAACUUCUUUUCAUUUUGUCAUUUACCAGGUACAUACAGUAAUUUUUAAAAAAGCCGUACUGAUUUUUUUUACUAUAUAGAAGGUUAGCAUAUGUGAUUCAGAAUACAAAUAAUUACUAGCCGAAGUGAUGCAACGAAUAGUACUUGUUUUCCCUGCUGAAUUUUCAGACAACGCUGUCCACUACAAAGCUAAGAUACCUCUCAGGAUGAGCUUUUCCUUUGCGUGAAUUUUGUUUUUCUAAAGUGUAGCACCAGUAGUAGGGCAGAAAUAAAGCAAACUGCAUCCAUGCUGAAAGCAGUGGUAGUAUUGUUUAAAAAAAAAUCCAAAAAAAGAACGGAAGAAAAUAAAUGCUUUUGAUUAAAUUGCUGAAUCUUUAAUGCAAACUGUUACUACUUGGCCACCUGCAUCCCCAGAGUUUAACAAAACCAAAGAUUUGUCGUCAUUUAAGGAACACAGAUCUGCUAUAGAUAUUAUUUUACCGUUUGCUGUAAUUUUUUUUUCGUGUGCGAGGAGGGAUUCCCACUUUGCAAAUUGCUUCCUUCCCUACAAACAAUGUUUGGUGAUCUUCUCCUUUAUCUGGAACAGGUUUUGUACUUAGACGAUGCUCGCAUUUUCCUGUAAUGUACUGUAGAAUAUGACCUCGUCUGUAUUGUAACAUCUUUGAACACAUGCUUCUGUGAGAGAAUGAAUAAUCACUUGAUCACAUUGCACAACUGAGUCACACGAGUGGCACAAAAUCAGUCGAGUCGAUUUGAUGAUUGUGUCGCAUAGUUGGUUCAGCUUAGCCUUAUUUUUUGUGUUGUUUUAAUCUUAGCGGUGGCAGAAGCUAGUUAUUACGAACUAUAGAUUUGAACUUGUACUUAAUGUAUAAGAGAAUUAUUUAUCUACUAAUUUAUUUGUGCCAGUUAAGUUUAGAAGUGCUCAUGGCUUUCGUCAUGUAAAAAAUGAAAACCAGUAAAAGCGAAAUUGAUAUAAUAUCUGACUUGAUAUGUUACCUGAUUUCUGUUGUAUAGUUUUAUCUUUUUGUUAAUUAGUGAGUAAAAAUCAUAACAGUGGUUGUUUAAAGGAGGUUUUUAUCUAAGUUAUAUUUUAGAUAUAUUUUGUAUAUAUUUUAGUUAUGAAUAUUUGUGUAGUUGGAAUACUGUAAGAUAAUGUAGUGAUUACUGAUUGUAUACUUCGUUUUAAAACUAUUGGGAACUUACUUUCUUUUAAGAGUACUGUACGUUAUGGAUUUAUUUUAAUAUGCACAUAGGCCUAUACUGUUUAACCUAAUUAAGUGUUGCUUUUUAAGAUUUUACUCUGAUCAUCCAGCCCAUCCAAGAGGCUUUUUGCAUUCAUUAUUUCAUAUUCAGCAGAUGUUCAGCUUUAAGUUACGUUAAGCUCAAGAAAGAGACAGUGUAUAAUUAUACAGUAUAUUAGAUUCAGUAUUUGAUGAUUUAUUUACAUAUUUUACUUUAUAUAAAAAAUAUAAUAGCACAAAUUGAAGUAACAGUCUAAACAAUGUAACUUUUUUCCCUGUUUAUAGAAAGGUCACUUACUUUACAAUUUGUGUGGUUGUAAUUAUUUUAUUCUGUGUCUAUGCUGUAAGCUCACUUAUUUUUUUUUAUAUAUAUCUUCGAUACUCUGUGAUACUAUUAUUAUUAUUCCUUUUCACGUAUGAUAUGCCCCUAAAAGUAUGCUUAAACUCCCUUACAAGCGUAGAUCAUUUAACAUUUCUGAAGGUUUUUCUAGACUUUCAGGGCUAAAUAGAAAGCUUAUCAGGACUAUGCAUUAUGGAAAAAGAUUGUCAAGUUUCAGUUCACAUUGGACUGCAAGGGAAAUUGAAAAAAAAAAAAAAAAAAAAACAGUGUUGGUAGAGCUCAUACUUCUAAAGAAACUUCAAAAUAUUUUGAUUAUGUAGAUUUUUUUUUUCGAGAAGAUGAGCUAGAACCCUUGUUAUGUCACAAAGUGUUCAUUUGUUAUUGUCUUGAUACUUGAAUGCUGGUCAGUUUGAUAUUCAAACUCAAUCAGCUCUAUAUUGAGGUUUUUAAUUUUUUAUGUAGACGUUUUGUGCUACGUGUGGAGGGCAAUUUCCUUUACAACAUCAGCACAACUUGUAAUAAAGGAAAGAAAGUGUUACAUCUUCAGUGUUGGCUUUAUAUAGGACGCCCAUCGUGGAAUUGGAAGAACUUUUCUGUUUUGUACUGUGCUCUUAUAAUGCCUUUUAUUCAGCAUUGCCUCGUUCUCAAGGUGCACACUGUUUUUUUUUCUAUUUGUUAUAUAGUCUUGUUCCAUGUAUUACUGUUAGAAUAAAGUGUUAUUUUAAAGACUGUGGAACAUUAUAAUUGUUAAUUACUUUCAGAUUUAUUUUGAAAUGCAUAAAUUUUUUUUUAUUGAGGACAUGUUUUGUACUAGAAGCACAAGCAAAGCAAAGAUUUUUACUCGGCUAGUCUAAAAGUGUACUUGGUAAAAGUUCCAAAUUCAUAAUAGUUAUUAAUGAAUAGUAGGGACUACGCUCACCUUUAUUUAUCCGGAGAAGGUUCUUGGUUAAAGUUUUGCAGAGCAGGAAUCAUAAGCUUUACUCGUCUGUAAAAUUUAUAAAAAUGGAAGAACUAUAUUUCCAGAAUGAAUAUAAUAAGUUUUAAGCUUUAUAAAUGGUGCCAGUCUGCCUAUGUUAAGUUAUAUAUUGGUGGUAAUGAGUUCUAUGUUAGCAUUUUAAUUGUUGUGUAUUUCACUGAUGGCAGCAGGUUUGGAUAGGCCCAACACUUUUCCUCCCACAGUAUUUUGGUUGUCAUGAUGGCCACGGUUAGCUAAGGAUAUUAAGGUGCCUGUCUCAAUGUCUCAACCGCUGAAUGGCCUUUGCUGCCCCAGUGCUUGGUGUUACACCUAAACUUGAUAAAACCAACCAACCAAUAAUCUCAAUGUCUCAAGAGUGGCUGCUGGUUACUAGGUGGAAUAAUUGUGCUGCACUAAAAACACAAAGCCUUUAAUCAAUGACUGGAUAGUUUUAUUUAUCUAAAAUAAAUCUGUGAAAAAUAAAAACUAAACAGAACAAGUAGACUCACAAAUAUUUAACUUCUUCCUAAAUGUAGACAAAAUUCCUAUCAUUAUUGAUGAAAGCUUGUCAGAAGCUUCAUUUGUACAGUUGUGAUGUUUUGGACAUGUGAUAAAGUCAGAAGAGUAGUAAGAUCUGUGAUUGAAAGUAGCAAGGCUAAGUCCAAAAAAUGAUGAAAAAUCAUGUAAAUUCAUGAAGAAAGUGCACAAACAGAACAGUGGAGAGAAGUAAUUUUAUGUCAAACCCUAUGCAGGGGAAAGCUUCACAUAAAGCAGUGAUGAAAGUAAGUAUAAACAAACAGGCAGUUUGUGGCAGCAAAAUAAUACCAAGAACCUCUUGAUCCUCUCUGAAAGCUUUACUUCUCAUUUUAGUAUAAAAUUCAAGUGUCUGAGUUAGAAAUGGUCCCUUGUGUUGAGACUAAGAAAAUUAUUAAAUUUACCUGUAAACUGGACUUGCCAUCUCAAUAAUAGGAGACUACAAUGUAAAUGAAACUAGUACAUACUGCACUGUGAGUUAGUAUUCCUCAUUUUACAUACAUGUUUUAGGACUAAUGUCUUUAACAUUCAAUUUCCUCAUGAAUGGCAAUUUGUCAAGUAAAUAUAGUAUGAGGAAAUUGAAUGUCAAGGACAGCUUUCCUCAUGCACUAUGAUUUAUUUUUCGAAUUCAUAGUAAGUGCGGCUUAAUACACAUCUGUUUGCUCUUGAAGGACUUGGUAAAAAAUGCUGAAUAACAACUGAAAUUGUAAAAUCAUUCCAUAAUCCCUGCUACCUUGUACAUGCUGUACAUAGGAGUUUCUGUACAUCAUCUUAAUAGUUAUUAUGUAUAUAUAAGAAUAAAAUUAUAGUUCUAA